AUGAAACAAUGUUAUUUAAGUGAGAAUAGUCGUGUACAUGAACUGGAAGAAGAGCAAGAAAGACUGAACGAUUCAUUAUUAUCGCUAACAACCCAUUUUGCACAAGUACAGUUUCGUUUGAAGCAAGUUUUGCAAGCAGAUGGUAGGGACCGAGAUAAUUUACUGAAGGAGUUACAAGAGUUCGCUUUCAAGGGUUGCACAGAUAUCAAUGAAAUCAAACGACAACGCAAAUCAGCCACGUUACUUUACAGCAGUCAAUCGGAUAAUAACGCUGAUACUGCUGACGUUAAUAAAGCAAGCGCCGAUAGUGGCGUCAAGUAUGAUGAUUAUUUGAAAAAUAUCGGUGGUACAACAACUGCUAUUGAUCGAGCGAAGUCAGAAGAGGUGUUGAAAGAGCGCAAACAUAAGCAAAUGCAACUGAUUGAGCAGUUACGUGAACAGUUGGCCGAUUUGGAAAAGUUUGCGUAUGAGACUGGUGAUGGGGGCAUUCCAAGUAACGAAUUGAUCGCGAAACAGAAAGCAGUUCUCGAUAAAUUGCACGAACGAUUACAAUUGAAUUUGGAGCUGGACAAAAUGUCAUAUAGUGAUUUACAAAAGCAGGUCGAUGAGGCUGUUAAGCAGUUAAUGAAUCCAAUCAAAGCCAAACAGCAACUGGUUGAACAACUGCAAACACAAAUCGUUGACUUGGAACGGUUCGUCAGUUUUCUGCAAGUUGAAAGCGGAGGUAGCAGUGAUACAGACCCAGAGAGAUCACAUAGACGACGCAAAUCGUCAUCCUCUUCAUGUAUGUCGCAGAUUGAUGCACAACAGCACUCUCCCAUCUCGAUAGCGUCAAUGCCAUUAGCAAAACACAAUCAACAACAUUUAAACAAGCACAAUUUAUUGGUGAAUUUGGUGGGUUGUGGUAGUAAACGUUUUGAGCGAAAUCAGUUGAAAGGUACAAUGCGUGGAAAUCAUUAUGGGGAUGUGCGAGCCGAAUUACAGUUAGCGGUUGAUGAGACGAUAAAAGUCUGUGAAAAAUAUUUUUUGUUGUCUGUUGAUAGUGACUAUCCACCUCGAACACGAACUCAUUCUAUUGGAGGAUCAUCAGUUGACGAGGAUAUUUUCGAACGCAGUGAAGAAGAGGUUGUGUGGAUUGUACGUAAAGAGUUGUGUACGGCGUUAAAGCAUCUCUUAGAGCACGGCAUGAAUGAAUUCGUCCUUAAAUUAACAUCUACAUUCCCUCCUUUCGGUUGUUUUUCGUCACGUGCACUUCACACAUUUUCGAAUGCAGGUUCCUCUUCUAAUUCAAAAGGCGUCUCCUCAUCGUCGCGCAAGUUGGAACACAUCUGGGAUGUGGUGGUGUAUUACUUUGAUUUAAAAAAUGCUCGUGAGUUUAGUGAUGCCCCGGUUAGGAAGUUAUCUCAAAGCUUCCAGCUUGACUCGGUGGCGGGUCGUACUCUUACGUCCAAGCAGAUGCUUUUAUCGACAAUCGAGAAUAUUUUAACGAGCCACAGCCGACUGAAACGAUCAUCAGACGCAAUGUGGAAAGCAUUUGUGUGUGCAGCAUUGAAUGCGAAGAAACUGCCAGCGUGGAUAAGGAUAAUCUUCAGAACGAGAGCGAUCGUUGAAUCUUGCUUUCAUUCGUGGGCUUAUAUCGCCAGAACUGGUUGCGAAGAUUGUUAUGAGCUGUUCGAAUCUUUGCACAAAUAUCAUUUUGAGCUUCCGGUUGAUUUGGCUGUACGACCUUUCCAUCAGAUGAAAGAUGCGUUCUAA